UUAGACUAGGGUCAAAAUCGGUAUUUCAAAUGUAGGCUAGGGUUUCGUUUAUGAACCCUGAACCGUAUAAGGCGCAGAGUGAAGUGUGCAGAGGCGGAGAUCGAGAGCGAAUCGCAGCGAAGUCGACUCCACCAUGCCGAAGCAAAUUCAUGAGAUCAAGGACUUCCUUCUCACUGCUAGGAGGAAGGAUGCACGCUCCGUGAAGAUCAAGAGGAGCAAAGAUGUGGUCAAGUUCAAGGUCCGUUGCUCCAAGUAUCUGUACACCCUGUGUGUGUUUGACACUGAGAAGGCUGAUAAGUUGAAGCAAUCACUUCCUCCUGGUCUAACUGUGCAGGACCUGUGAUUCUGGACUUGUAGUGGAUGAUGAUCAUGUUUUGUUUGGACGUUUGAGAUGGGAUUUUGUGUUUAGUAAAAUGGCUUAGAGAUUGUUGUUCUUCUGGUUGCUUAUGACUAGUUUUAUGUUUUGUGAGGGGUCCAAUUUGCAUCUGGAUAAUGCCUGCUAGUUUAUUGAACUCCAUGAAUUUUACAGUAGAACAUUUUCAGCUGUUUCUUCA